AUGUCCGCUCAGACAGUGACCUUCCGGAAACACUCCAACAACCCGUCCGACGUCGUUCGAGUCAUCGAGUAUGACUCCAGACAGACCGAGUUAGGCCCGGAGGAGGUGUGCAUCCAGUUUCUGGCGGCCCCCAUCAACCCGCAGGACCUGCUCGUAAUUGCCGGGAAAUAUCCCGUCCAGCCCGCCCAGCAGUGCGAGGGGGAGCCCAUCCCAGGCUAUGACGGCGUGGCUCGAGUGGAGCGCAUCGGAUCUGCCGUGACAAAUUUACAGCCAGGCGAUCAGGUUAUCCCCCGCCAGCACGGGCUGGGCACCUGGCGAUCGCAGGCAGUCGUCCCCGCCAGUUCGCUGCUCCAGGUCCCAUCCUCGCACCUCGACUCCGUCAGUGCCGCCCUUCUCAAGAUGGGCUGCGGACCUGCCUACCUGCUCCUCCAGAGCAGGCAAGAUCUGCGGCCGGGCGACUGGGUCGUGCUCAACGCUGCCACGGGCGUGAUCGCACAGAUGGUUAUUCAAUUCGCUCGACUGCGUGGAUGCCACUCUCUCAGCAUCAUACGGGACCGGGACGAUGUGGACUCGACCCGGAAGCAGCUGCUCGCCUUGGGAGCCGACCUGGUGGUAACCGAAACGGAACUGGCCGCUCAGGGCCCAGUCCUGGCGGCGCAGAAGCGCAUUGUGCUGGCUCUGGAUGCCGUUUUUGGCAGCUCCGGGGCGCGCUUGGCAGGGCUACUGACUACUGGGGGCACCUACGUCAACUAUGGCUCGCUUGGAGGUGCAACUGAGUCCAUUGGAUUGACACAAGAGCUGAUUUUCUGGAAACAAAUUAAAUUCAAACACUUUCGGCUGUCACAAGCUCUGGCUCACUUCUCACAGUCCCAGCAAGAAGAUUUGAUGACUUGGUUUUGUCGCUUGUUUGAAACGGGCUCGCUUAGAACGCCUGCAGUGGACCGGGUGUCAUGGGAAACAGGACCAAGUCUGGAGGCGACCGUGAAGCAGGCAUUGCAAACUGCCGCGCCCCGGGCUAAGCAGCAAGUGGGGGUGCGCAAGCAGGUCUUUGUGUUCGGACCCGGAAAUCAACGACCCAUAUAG